GGGGGCCUUUGGUAAAUGUGCCCUGGCUCGCGGCUCCACGUAUUUCGAGUCUCGGCUCUCAUGAACUCUAUUCGGGAACCAAUCUGCACAUCUCAUAUGCCUAUAAUACCCCCUUCUCUUACCAGGCUCCUCUGUUGCCAUCACAUUUGACCAGUUCCUCUUCGUUCACCCUGACAAGAUCUCGCAAAAUGCGUCGUAACUCGGCAUCGGAAGGUCUCCUUCGCAAACAAAAGCUCAAUGCUCAUACCUGCGCUGUGCUUGCUGUGUUGGGCUUUGGCUCUUUGACAUAUGGCUACACGGCAAGUAUUAUUGGAACUACGCUGGGUCAACCAUCCUUCAUUGAAUACUUCGAUUUGGCAACUCGUUCCAAUGGAACCGACUUGAUAUCUACCAUGAAUGGACUCUUCCAAACUGGGGGCGUGAUUGGAACACUACUACUACCGACGGUUGCGGACAAAUGGGGUCGCAAAUGGGCGUGCGCCGUGUCUGCCAUUCUGGCUAUCGUUUCCGGCGCCAUCAUGGCGGGCAGUGUGAACGUAGGGAUGUUCAUCGCCUUUCGAUUUGUGGCUGGUGCUUCUGCCUUCAUGAUCCUCGCGGCCGUGCCCAUUCUAAUGAACGAAAUUGUGCCGGUCCAUAUGCGCGGUGCUCUCGUGGACGUCCAUGCAGUCAUGCUCGUGCUCGGCUAUACUAUUCAAGGCUGGGUUGGAUUCGGCUUCUAUUUCUGGCAGAAUGGCAGCACAAAUACUUGGAGGCCUCCCGUCGCAAUCCAAUGCUUCUGGCCGUUGUGCCUAUUGGUCGGUCUAUACUUCGUCCCGGAGUCACCCCGAUGGUUGGUUAUGCAAGGCCGCGACGCCGAAGCUGAGGCAGUGCUGUUCAAGUUCCACGCCGACGCUAGCGAUCCUGAUAACAGCGCCGCAAAAGCCGAGUUCUACCAGAUCCAAAAGCAGCUUGCGAUCGACCGAACUCUUGGUAACUCGUGGUUGCACAUCAUGAGGAAGCCAUCGUACCGAAAACGGGCCCUUCUGGCCGUCGGGAUCACUGGAAUCAUUCAGUGCUCUGGCGUCCUGGUCAUCAACAACUAUGGUCCUUCACUCUACAAAUCCCUCGACUUCUCGCCGGUCAAACAGCUUCUCUACCCAGCUGCAUGGCUGACGUUUGCACUGGGAAUGAACGUCAUGGGAAUGUUUGUGGUAGACCGCUUCCCACGAAACAAGUUCAUCUCCUUCGGCGUUCUAGGCUGCAUGGUCAGUUUGAUCGUGGAAGCGGCCCUGGUUGCCAACUUCGUGCCCUCCAACAACAAGUCUGCACUAUUGGCGGCAGUGGCCAUGUUCUUCAUCUUCCAGCUCUUUUACGGAUUGUGCCUCGACGGGACGCAAUUCUCAUACCUCGGGGAGAUCUUCCCCACACACUUGCGGGCCAAAGGCGUCUGUCUUGGUGUUGCCAUGAUCUCGUUGAUGAACAUCAUCUGGCUGCAAAGCGCCCCGACGGCCUUCGAGACCAUCGGCUGGAAAUUCUAUCUGUGUUUCAUUAUCCCAGGCACACUUGGCGCGAUCGCCAUGUGGAUCUGGUUCCCCGACACCAACGGCCUGCCGUUGGAGGAAGUCGCCGCCAUCUUUGGCGAUGCGGACGAGGUGGCCAUCUACCAACGAGACCUCGAAGUCGACUUUGCCACACACACGGUUGUAGACCACCAUGCCAUGGAAGCGGUCAAGGGUACGGAGGCGACGCACUACGAAGCGGAUUCGCUUCCUGGCAGCGAGAAAGUCGAGGGCUGAGCUGGGGCGCGGGUGGUGUGGGAGAAGAACAAAGGAG